AAUUGUCCCGCUGCAUUUAAUACAUGAAGGUUGGCUUUAGGAAUAUUUUGUCGGAAUAAUACGUUUUGUUGGUUUUCGCUUUCCCGAGAAGUCGUCCAAGGAACGGAUCUUUCAUCAUCUAACUUUUUGGAGAUUGAUACCCUACAAAGAGAUCCACUUGUUGACUUGGAAGAUGCGAAUCAUGCAGUUCAGUUUGGGUAAAUACUCAAAGGUGAUACAGUCUUUUGAUCGCUUUCAGCAACAAUCCAAACGUGUUUAAGAUGUGGUUCUUUCUUUAAAUGCAGGACGUUGCUUCAGGAAUAGUCUGCUUUGACUCCUGAGCUAAUGAUAGGAAGUAGAGUAGUUGGCCCUGUCGAUCACUUCUCUUAUCCUGGAAUUGUCAUCAGCCCUAGCAGGUUGGUGUCCGUUGAAAUCUCGUCAAGAAUCCAGGAAAGUCGGUUGGGUUUUAUCAACUUGGAUCACUUAUGGCUUAGGCAAAGUAUCCACCUCUUAACCAAAGGAUGAGUUAACCGUUCAACAGUUCACUCUGCCUUUAAAAAUGUAGGAUAUUUGUAGGUUAUUAAUAUUAGAUCUUAAAUAUCUUCGAACCAUUGCUCAUAUAUUUUAAAACCAUCGAGUUAGCGAUUCUGAGGUUAGGCCCAGAUUACUAUGUAUGUAUGGCAAAUCGAUUGGCGAGACAAUGAAUGUUUAUAUUCUGAAGUAGUUAGGACAUGUUUUACGUAUCCUCAUCCACCGACUACCUCGACAGCGCAAUGGCAGUUGAUGUAGAAGUAGGUUGGAAAAGAGCCAAGGAUUACAAAAUCAAAACAUAGCAUCAGUCCAUAAAAACACUGACUAUUGGACUGAGCCAUAUGGAUAGAUGAGGACUACGUGGUUGGAGUCCGCGUGACUAUUUAAAUUAGUGGUUGGAGAUUUUGGAUGAGAUGGCCUAGAACCACUCAUAACAGUACAUAUGCAUUCACCCAUUUUUCCUCAGAUCAUAAGUUUCUCAAUUCCUUAUGAUUUUUUAUGUCACUUAUUUGUAUUUUCUCGAAUCGAGUCUUUGAUACCUGAUCUUUUCUAUUUCCACCAAUAACGUUAUUAUCUAUUCACUCUAGGAUUUCCCUUGACGAUUUUAUAUCGCUGUGCUGAUGAGGUGUGACAACUCUAACCGAUGUACACAUAUUCCAGGUUCUACUUUGCAUAUGACUGAUGGACUCACUUAGGUAGGUAACUUCUGGAAACUAGUCGUAGUGACAUCUGUGGAUUUAUUCUUAAAACAGUUUUAAAAGUAUGUACUAUUUCAUCUCUUUAUUUCUAACCACGUACUUUAUGUUUAGUAAUUUUGGUUGUCAUUGCUAUAAGUUUUAUUCCGGUUCCCUGGUUUUUCAUUUUAUUUUCGUUCCAAUCCACUGAUGUGGUAAUGCAACUUGGGUCGUUGUAUAUUUGUUCCACAUUCUGUGUUGUAUAUGACUGUUGGACUGUGUAAUUACUUCGUUCGACUAAUUUGCUUCGCUUUUAUUUGUAUGAUCAUUUUAGAACUUAAAUGCAAUCGAAUCCUGCAUUCUCUGAAGAAACUAAAAUUGUUUUAUCUUCGAUCAACGCACCAUCAUUGUUAGUUAAUGAAGAAAAUCAAUCAGUAGAGAAUUCCAACGAUGCAUUUGAGCUUCUUUUACCUGUUGUUUUAAAUAAAGAAACUUUAGAUAUUGUGGAAGCUAAUCUGGGACUAGGUGGUGGAGGCGACUGGUGGAUAGACCCAUCACGUAAUCCAAUUGAGGUAGACUCAAAUGGAAACAGAGAUGAAGGUGCUAUUUUAGACGUUGAAGCCAGUUGCAAAAUUUGGUAUCGCACGCCAUUUGAUCGAGAUCCAGAAUUCUGUAAUAAUUCUUAUCAUCUUUUGAACCGAUUAAAUGAGUUGGCAAAAAUCAAAGGGCUAAUUGAAGAGGCAUCACUGAGGAAACACUCUCCCAAUGAAGUAGGACUAAAUGAUAGUGAUCGCCAAAUAUACCAUUCAACGCUGUCUGUGAAUGGUUCUAUGGAUUUCAAAAAUUUUUUGUCACAUCCAAAUCGUGAUAUACAGAACAUUGAUCCCCAGUUAGAUCUUCGCCGCAGUUUAAACAGUUCAGCUGGAGAGUACGCUAAUUUGCAUGGUACAUAUGCUUUACGUAAACAAAAUAACAGUGGAAAGUUACCUUUACGUGAAGUCUUUGAUGCUAGAACUCAAGAAGUUGAUAGUGCUAUGUAUUGUGAAAAACCCAAACCACCUUUCUCCCAAGCCGUGUAUUCAGGAUUACCUCAGUUACAUAGAUCACAACGACCUGCGACUCCGAAUAAUGUUUCACCUAAUAUUAGUAACCGCAAAAUUUCCUCAAAGCCUAAUGACUCUUUGCUUGUUCCAGGCGCUACUAGUAGCCCUUAUCAAAAGGCUAGUGGUCAAAAACACUCCGUUCUUUCACGGACCUACUCAAAGGAGCAAAUGGAUUUACUGAAAGAGGCGAAUGAUUACCCUCUCAAUGAGUCAAUUCUUAAGGUACCUGCCUUACUUUCUAGAUCUCAUGCAUUGACCACUUCUCUGCCCAUGUCGGAUAAUGAAGGUGACAUAGAUGUAACGAGAAGUUUAGAUAUCUCAUCUGGAGUUAAUCAAUUAUCUCAAUCGCUUUCUGCAACUGAAUUAGUUAUGAAAGGUCGCAAACUUUCUGAGAAAUUUAACGCAUCUUACUCUAGUAUGCGAAGCUCAGAUGUAUUUGAAUUAGCUCGUCUCCAGGAAACUCACUUACGUGAACACAGUGGUAGUAGGAGUAAAUUAGAUUGUUCCAACACUUCACUUACUGAGUCGAGUUUUGGAGAUGAGAAACAUCGUAAACACAAAAGUAGUGCCGCUGGUAGUAUUGGGCAAAAAUCAGGCAGUGGUUUAAGUUCUUGUGGGGUUAGCGCAACACACAGUCACGAAGAAAUUGCAAUUGAGGAUACAAAUGGUAGGCCAGAACGUCAACAUACUAUUAUAGCGAAGGAAUGUUUUAAACCAUUAUCAAGUUCAGUAGAUUGUGAACCUAAAGUCAAUAUGAUUGCGGAUAUGCAUUCGAGUACAAAUCUGGAUCAAGCAGAUGUUGUAACUUCACCCUCUAAACCAUUAAAUUCUACAUACGAUGCUCCAGACUUCAAGUACGUCUAUGACUGUGAUUCAACAUCACAAGCAGAUGAAUUAAAAAAUCUCAGACCCAUUAUAGACAGUAUAGAUAGUACCGUAAUUACCAUAAAUGAUUGUGCCACACAAGGAAGCAACAGUGUAGCACACAUAUCUCAUCCAAAUGAUGAAAUGAUGAAACCUAAGGAAAAUGAACACCAGCCUGAUGCUUAUGAGUUAAACGGUCAUGUUACUGCGUUGGAAAACAAUUCGGAUACUGCGUUACCUAUGAAACAUGAUGAAGAUACAAAGUCGGGUAAAAAUAAUGUAUCACAAAGUGAACCGGGCUUUGAACAAAAUAUACCUCAUCUGCCAGAUUCUGCAUCAAAUGUCAAAAACCUACAAAGUCCACAGGCAACCCGAACUAUUACCAAACCAGUUAACAAUAACAAAACAAUACCAAACAGACAAUCGGGCUUGAAAAUUCCUUCAAAAACAUCAAUCCCUGUUCCUAACGGAAGUAUUUCCCGUCUUCCAAUGCUAUCUCAAAAAAUGCCUUCAAUGAGCAUAAGUAGUCGUCUUGGUUCACGUAAAACUAGUAUAACUGGUCCUGAACAAGGUUCUUCUUUUGAUCGUCCAAUAAACAAAACUCAACCUCCUUCACACAGAAAUAAUCCAUCCUCAAAUAACAGCAGUGUUAGUAAUGUUUCUUCUAGCAAUAUUAAAACAAACCAGACAUCUAAUUCUACAAAGUCCCUUCCUAAAUCAUCAGUAUCAUUAACUGUACAACAAAACCAAAGACCAGUGCCUUCUAGAAUCAGUUUAUCAUCUGGUACUUCAGGAACUACUGGCACCAUUCGAAAGCCGAUAGUACCAUCGUUUGGUUCAUCUCGUGGGAAAUCGUCUGGUAGAUCAUGAAUUCAACUUUGAAAAAAUGUUAUUAACGUUUGAUAAAAAUAUUAUACACUACUUUUAAGAUGACCCAUAUGACUUCUUGUGUGCCAAAUCCCGGUUAUCCUAUAUAUAUACAUGCAAAAUCAAAUUUCGCUCUUUCAUUGGUAGAAUAAAAUGGAAUCUAGCUUAUGUAUACAUGUAUGUGACAGGUAUACAAUGACUAACAUUCUAACGAAUACUUAUAUCAUAUUCCUUAAUCUUUCUAAUCAAAUUUGUAUUAAUUUCAGUACUUUAUAAUUUUCCUUAUAACAAUUAGCUAUACAGUGUAGUUUAUUCAUUAUGCAAUUAUUUAGUAAAUUUAUUUCUUGAAAUGAACUUUUUUUUUCAUACUAUCCCAUUUAAUCUUAAACUGAAGUUAUAGUAGUAAUUAACUUGUUUUUCAUAUUUUUAGUACUUUUUUUUAAAAAAAAAAUAAAUAUCUUAUUACUUAACAAUGAUGAAUUUAUAAUUAGAUGCAUCAAUUCAGGCUUGUAAAGAGUAGAUUUGGUCUUCCCUCUUUCAGGUUACUAUUUUUAUUCUUUUUUUGUUUUUUAGAGAAAAACACCUUAUCGUUUAUGUGCCUUUUUUGUAUACUAAUGGAUAUAGUGUCUAUUUGAUAACUUUUGUUUUGUUAUUCAUGAUUAAUUUGUAUAAUUAUAGAGCUCUUUUCUACC